CACAUUCAGCUCUCUCAACAGCUUCUGAGAAGGAGCAGGGCUCACUGUUUCUCUCACAAAGCAAAGAGCCCCCCGCACUGAGCAACAAAACCAACUACUCUGCAGUCAUGCAGGCUCUCCAGGUUGCUGCCGUAUGCCUUUUAAUGGUUCUGGAGCCAGUGAAUUGCCAGCAAACCCGGGGAAAUCUCCAGCCGUGGAUGCAGGGACUUAUUGCAGUGGCCGUUUUCCUAGCCCUGGUGGCGAUUGCUUUUGCAGUCAAUAAGUAUUGGUGUCAAGAAAAAGAGGAAAAUAUGGAGUCGGUGGUCACCAUAGGAGACACGAAGGAAGAGGCUGUCGUAUCCAACGGGACCGAGGGGAGGUAUUCAAUCACAGCAGCUGAUUUCAGGUCCAAAGAAACCCAGCACGCCUAUGAAAAUAUCGUUGAGUAUGAGGGGAAAGUCAUCACUACUCCAAUGUAAGAGCCGCCUUCGAGGAUCACCCAUUUCAUGCCAUCCUUUUUCGCCCCUCUCCAAUUCUAACUUGGCAUCCCUGUGCUGUGGUCAGCUCUAUAGCUGGGAAUCAUCGCACCUGGAUUCACCCAUGCCCCGGAAGAUGAAAAUUGCUCCCAGCAUCACCAAUGGCUCAGAACCUGAAACAAUGCAGAGGGGGAAUAAAGGUCUGGUUCAGAUUUCUCUCCAUCCCCCCCUGCCAAAUGAAGCAAGAGGGAAGCAGGAACCAGCCUGUUAUUCCAGAAUCACAAUCCGCUCCAGGCUAGGCUGUAAGAUUGCAAUGCUGCCCUGCGUGUACAGAAGCCCCUUCCUUCUCUUUGUUUAAAAUAACGUCACCUCUGACAUCUCUUCUUCUUCGUCCUGGCCUGGCGUAAUAGCAUUUCUGUUAAUCACUGUGCAGUGUAACAGCCUUUUUUAUAGCCGAAUAAGCUCAAAUAUUCUACACACAUUCCCUCAAGAGCUAGUUAUUUAUUGAUCGCCAAAGCUGGGCAUCCGUUUGGGGGUGAGGUAUCACCUUUUCCUUUUUAUGUCUCUUUAUGAACAAAGAAGCCAAUUGGUUGAAUUUGCCCAAUCCGAAAUCUCCUCCUGUGAACAUAUUUUCCUGGUACAAUAAAGAGAAUUAUUCUUUAA